AUGGAAAAAGAUUUUAAUUUAAUUGAAAAAAAUAAUCUAAAUGAAGAAAUAAAUAAUUUAAAAAAUGAAAAUAUCAAAUAUAUGGAAACUCACCAAGAAUUAAAAGACUUAUUGAAUGAUUUUAUUUCUUCAAUUUUAUUACAUACUCCAGAUGACAUUUUUAAAUAUGCCAAUGAAUAUUUUUCCUACUUUAAAAAAAAUUGA